GGACUGCAAGAAGUGCUUUCAGUCCUUGUCUGCGCGUCCUUGCUAAGUCUGCAAGGACGUCGACUGCUUGUAUUAUCAGUGUGCAAGCGGUGCCUGCGCUAAGCACUACUUUAGUCCGUACGAGGAGUCCUAAGCGCUAAUGCAAAUGCGCAGUACGUACCGUUCUUCUUCAAUAUUACACGUAAUAUGACCCAGCGACCACCUAUCUGGGCCAGCGAUUUGUCCAUCUUCGGUCGGUGCUUCCUGGAAUAACACGGCCGGAAACAAAGUGUCGUCCAACACGGUCUGUUACGUCCCCCAUGUCAUGAUGCCCCUUGUCACCACUGCCAUGGUCAUAGGCAUCGCAAUGGCCAUAGCAGACCCGGUCGUCGUGACGGAGAACGGCAUCGUCCAGGGAAAGACGGUCACCGUGUUCAAUGGAACGACUGAGGUGGACGCCUACCUUGGGAUACCUUACGCCGCUCCUCCAGUUGGAGCACUCCGCUUCAAGGAGCCAGUGCCACCCGUCCCCUGGAGACCAUACGUGCUGGACGCGACGAGGAAGAGCUCGGCAUGCAUCCAGUUUACACCAGCGAACCCGAUACCAUCUUGGGCGGAACACGAGAGCAAACAGAGCGAAGACUGCCUCUACUUGAACAUCUGGACGCCAAGAGAAAAUGAAAACGCCACGGAACACCUGAGAAAUGUGAUGGUGUGGAUCCAUGGCGGAGGCUUCAAUUCUGGCUCGGCUUCGAUGGAUCUCUACGACGGAGCCAUCCUGGCGGCUGCGGGAGACGUGGUCGUCGUGUCGAUGAACUACCGCCUCGGCGUAUUCGGAUUCCUCUCACUUCCGAACGACCGGACGCCGGUGUACGGAAACCAGGGACUCCUGGACCAAGUGCUCGCCCUCCGCUGGGUCCAAGACAACAUCGUUAACUUCGGCGGCGAUCCGGCACGAGUGACGCUGUUUGGGGAGAGCGCCGGUGGAUGGUCUAUAGGAUACCACGCCAUCUCGCCCAUGGCCCGUUCGCUCUUCAACCGAGCCAUCGUCCAGAGUGCUGGAGUCCUUGUGCCGCAGCUGGCUGACACGUUCACUGUAGCGGAGGCGAAGGCGCUGCAGCUGGCCGAUAGCGUUGGGUGCAUGUCAGAUGCUAACACUAACAGCACCGUUGGGUGCCUGCAAAACAAGAGCGCCCACCACCUGAUCAUCAUGCAGUCCAUUGUGUGUACCCAAUACUUGAUGUGCUUCACCGCCGUCCACGGCGACGAGUUCUUGCCGUUCGACCCCGUGACCGAGGCAGACAUGAGUGUGCCGAAGGAUUUCCUCCUGGGAAAUGUAGAAAACGAAGGUUCUGUGUUCGCUAGUCUCUGGUUCUGGAUGCAGUUUCCAUUCCGCAAGGCUAUGGACGUCAGCAAGCAGGACAUGCUGUACUUCUUCCUCAAGGCCUUCUCGUUCUUGCCCAGCACUGUGGCGAAAGCGGUGUACAACUUGUAUGUGGGAGCGCUUCGUGAAACCGAGUACCAUAGAUUGAGGUCGGAAUUUGGCCAGGCCAUCGGCGACGCCUUUCUCCGUUGUCCUGAGGUGUUCUUCGGCGAGAAAUUGUCGCAGCACAAGUCGCACGUCUACUACUACAACAUGGUGUAUAACUCGGAGACGGACACCCAUCUCGACCACUGGCUUGGUCUGACGCACUUCGAGGACGUGCAGUACGUGUUCGGAACGCCCCUCAGAGACUGUCCUCCGAGAAACUACUCAUCUAUCGACGCAGAUUUCAGUAAACACAUCAUGGACAUAUGGGUGACCUUCGCAAAAACUGGGGUUCCGCCAAUAGUGCAAGGCGACGCAUGGCCACUGUUCGACGCUGCGGACCACAAGGUGGUUGUCCUGGAUCACAACAGCACCCGAGUGGAGACGCUACAACAACUGGAACGUUGUCGCUUCUGGGGGUCGAUUUUCAAGCCCAACAUCCAGAGCACACUGUCUGACUGUCUAUGAAAGCCACUGUGCUGCACACGUUGUAAAAAACACUGUUCCUUACACCAUACCGUCACGCGAGCGCCAUGUGACAAACACCCCAUGAAAACGCGUGUUUCAAUGAUCUGAUCUCGACAAAAACCGAAAAAAUGAUCUUGUUUUACUUCAAGUGCUGCGCUAAAGUGCUCGUACAUAAUACGAUCGCUGCAGAUGGGCCUAAUUUUCAAUGUCGAAGCAUCCAGUAUUGUGUCAUCAUACUAGGGCCUAGCCAGCUCCUCCGCGUUUAGUGCUACUUGUCUCAUAACUACAGAACGCAGCUUAAUAUAAACGUUUCAUUAUAAUGCCUGUUCACAAAACCAGAUGCCGUAGGCAACUUUUUAACAUUUUUGUUUAUUUGCUGUCUUAGAAGUUUCACUUCCUGUCUGAGAAACAUGCCACGAUGAGGCAGUUUAUAGCAGGAGCUGGCGUUGCCACGACUUGCGUUUACCUCCCUUACGCUUCCCUUACCCCUGCAGCAAGUUUUUUCAUUUCAGUCUUGCCAAAUGAAUUUGCUUGCCAAUGACUAACACACCUCCGCUUCGUACAUCUCGCUCAAGAUGGCUGCUGACGCCAUUAAGCAACUUGAGUGGUGCAAACAACGGAAUAACAGAAUUUGUUUGUCUAACGACGAUUCAGUAAUUUUUUGUUUAUUUCUACUUAUUUAUCACAUACCGGUAGCGCCAAAACGGCCUUAUAGACGGCGUGGGAGGGGGUUACACGCUACACCUAGUACAUGAAUGCUUGAUGUGGAAAGUCUUUCAAGGUUAUUUUCAAAACCCAAUUUCCAGAACACGAUACUGUGGUAUUGAGUUUCGGUAUGAUGCAGUCAGGGUUUGUCGUAACAACCUGGAUGCUAUUAAUACACUUAGGUCGAAUUAUUGAUAUAUCAGGACUGUGAAAAUGAAGAGUCUCAAUGUACCUAUUGGGCCAGUGCGUAAAAGUUGUACAUUUCAAAAAGAACUCGAGCUGCCAAUUGUGGGUGUGCACCGCACCUUGUCUGAGUGUGGAAUGCAUCGCAGUGGAGGCAGUGUUUCCAACGUGUGCCGUAAGCGAACAAAUAACAAAAUGGAAGAAAAUCGAAAGAAACAACUCAACGCCCAAAACAUGCUAGUGGGGCUUUAAGACGAUUACAUCUAAUCGAGAAUCAUGAUGAGAGCUGAGCGAGGAAUUUGUGUGUUCUGUUUCAAACUGCGGUGUGAAAGCAUCUGCAUUCAGCUGUGAAAUGCACGAACAUCUAUAACUAGUGAGAAAGCGUUUAGCGACACAUUAUCCUUUUCGGCCUUCUGGGAACGGGACACACACACACACAAACAUCCAGAAAGCAAAUCAAUAUUCACUGUUAACUACUUCACAACAUGACUGUUGGGUGCUCCUCUGACGACAAUGAUCUAUUCUUCAGAAUUAUCAAAAGGGACUCAAACUAAAAAAAAAAAGCUCUUGAAUACGUCCACAGGAGGAAAACAUUUUUUUUGGCCUUUGUUUUCCUAUGCCUCGUCCGAAGCAGAUAAAGAUGUGAGUUGUUUCUGGGAACAUGUAUUGUUAUUUGUGGGUCAGUGCUACCGACGGAAGUAUCUGUCAUUGCGCAAUUGGUCGGUCAGGUUGGUUGAUCUUACUUACGUGUAAAGUCGCUUAACAAACGUGAAAAAAAAUAACGACGAGAUUGAGGCACCUUCAUUUUCCGUGGCUAUAUCUUUGAAUAUCAGGUUUUCAGACUAAUCAGCUCAGUGUGCGCACUCUGUCGGUUUGAACCGUCAAUUCAAUUUUCCACGUUCGUUAAGCGCAUUUACUCGUUAUUCAUCUGUCAUUACCACGGCCCCCAUCAGCAUUGCACCGAUGUUCUUGACAAUGCCAAGACGUACCAGACAUCCACGGAACACGAGGUAACGACUCACGUGGUAGUGGCGUCACGUGCAAAUAAAGUGCAUUCUCGUGUACUAGGAGAGCACACACACGCACUCACACAAAUCACGGACUUUGUAUUUAUUACUGUCACUGCUGUUUCAUCAUUGAUUAAAUUAGUCAAAGUCAUUUGA